ACAAUAAUUCUCGACGUGCAUAUCUUAUUUGCUCUUAUCAAAUGUUUAUUAAAUUAACGGGAAAUAACUCACGUAGCUUUAACGUUAUUCUAGCUUUAUGGUUGGGAUUUCCACUUUACUUUCGAUUUGCUGAGUGAAUCAGCCAUGGAUUUUCUGAAAAUUUUGCUUUACACCUGAUUGCAGGUUGACAUCCCCAUAGCUUCCUUCCAAACAGAAAUCAGCCUGGGAAAUGGGAAACACAGCAUCGCAACAUACGGGUCACUCCGGUACAAAUAAAACACUAACGGUGGAUGUUCUUCAGAAUGAAAAUGCCAAAAACCAAGUAGAUGUCGUACUUUGCUUCGUCGACACAAAAUGGGGCUCCAGAGAUCGGCUCAGCCAAGCCAUGUCGUCUUUGGCGGGAAAUAUUUACGUCACAGAACGAGACACGCUGAUGGAACAACAUCCAGUUACCUCCCCUGGUGACGUUUUCACUUGCAAUGGUGGGAAAUUAAAUUGUAAAUCAAUUCUGUUGGUCGUUGUACCAGAGGGUGAUUUGAGUGAACAUCUCCUAGAAGUUCGUGCUAUACUUCUAUGUGCAUUCCAGAAAGCCACUGAACUUGGUGCUCAUAGCAUUGCCAUUCCCUUAGGAAUUGAACCCCCAUUUCAAGUGAACAUUAUCUUACCAGUUCUAUACACGAUUUAUCUCGACCAUGACACGGAGUCUUCGUCUUUGAAUCUGUUUCAUCUCGUUACAAUUGACCAAAACAUACAGUUGCAGAUUCUACAAACAAUAAAAGAGAUGAAUGAAAGUAUCCCUGAUAGUGUUAGUAAUUCUGAAGGAGAAGAAGAACCUUCAUAUAGAAACAAUGGAAACGCCAUGUUGAAUAACACAUCUCACCAUCCACCGUAUGGAGAAACGGCUUCACAAGAACGCCAUGUACAUGUAGAUCAAAGUUCUUUUGAUAAUCUCAGUGAUUCACAGGACAGUUCAGCCAAACUCAACCAUCUGGAAGAACACACACCGGUCCAGAAAAAGAAAGAGAAUGAUGUACCUCUCUCAAAUGGAAAUGUUUUAGAGAAUCACCAAUAUUUUUCAGAAGACGAUCAAAUUUCAAAUCCGAUUCUAACAAACCAAGAAGCAUCUGCCGCUGGUUGUGUUACUGCAUUAAAACCACUGGUUCCAGUACAUAUGCUCCAAAAAGAAGUGGCGAAGAUAUCUGAAAACGAUUUCCUAAAAUCUGUGAAUAUGAAAACUUCAGACAGUUCGAACACUCGCUCGGUGAAAUUCAGUGAUGAGGUGGAAGAGUACGUCGAUCCUGAACGGCCCCCUUUGGUCCGCUCCCUCUCCAGUGAUAGUGAUGACGCAGGGGGUCGCCUGGACUUCCAGAACUUCAGUGUUAAACGACCUGUCACCCGGCCACAGGGCAAGCGCCCGGUGCAGAGAGGCGAACCCGUGGUAGUGGCAAAGUACGACGAGGAACUUGCAGCCAAGAAAGCUGAUCCAGUCUUCUUUUGUGUUAUUUGUCAAAUGGAACACAGGAAAGAUCUAGUUUGUGCAAAAACUUUGGAUAAAUGUAAGCAUGUGUUUUGCGAAAAAUGUAUUGAAGGGUAUUUUGCGAAAGAAAAGCCAGUGUGUCCAAUAUGCAACAUGGUUUAUGGUGAAGUCCAUGGAACCAUGCCACCAGGAAUCAUGUCAUAUCGGACUGUAGAAGGUACCCACCUACCUGGACACAGAAAUGAGGGUGUUAUUGUAAUUGAAUACGACAUACCAGACGGGAUCCAGACAGAAGAACAUCCACAUCCUGGUAAACCAUUUAAAGGAGCAUCUCGUGAUGCCUAUCUUCCAAAUUCCGAAAAGGGCCAGAAAUGUCUCCGGUUACUUCAAAAGGCAUUCGACCGGAAGCUGACGUUUACCGUCGGGCGGUCAAGAACGACUGGCAGAGACGACUGUGUCACUUGGAACGACAUCCAUCACAAGACCAACGUCCAGGGCGGACCACAAAGAUUUGGUUAUCCGGACCCGGGAUAUCUUGAUCGCCUUGAAACAGAGCUAAAAGAGAGAGGAGUUACGGAAGACUAAACAUAAAAAUAAUAUCAGAAACUGUGA